UAUAUAUGAGCAUCUAAGCAUCAAUUAAACUGUCUUGAAUGGCUGAAAAACUAUGGAGGGUGUUAGUAAUACGAGCAGUUGUGAGGACACUCCGAUGCAAAAUGAAGAAUCCAUAACUGUUACUGCUUCAUCUGGACAAACUACUAGCAAUGCUGGAAAGUUUGCUCCUAGUAAUGUUUUAAACAGUCAGGGACUAACGUUCUACAGGUCGCCCAAUUUACCACCAACUCAUUUUAUUUUGCUGAAAAGUCCCCUUGUUGGCGGCAAUCUAACCGCUGAGAACUGUCUGAUCGUCGAUGUGUCCCAACUACAACAACAAAACCUAACGAUAGUCCCCGCUAUAACUCAACCAGUUGUUCCGCCUACAGAAGAGCAAGAUUCAAAAGAGAGAGUACAGAAUUAUAUCAAAACAUUGGGCCUUCCCGGGGGAUCUUCCGGUCAGUCGGGAGUUGUAACAGCAGAUGAUGAGCAGUCUUCUAGCAACUCUGUAGGCAAUUCCAACUGCGCCAUUGUUCAAAACCUCAAUUCACUAGCCCAGGCCAACCUGAACGAGAGAAUUCUUUUCAACCCCAGUAGUGAUUCAGUGCCAAGUAACCUUCUGCAACCAACUCAAAAUGUGAACAUCACCCAACUGUCGGCCGAGACUGCGAAGCUAGUAAGCACUCAGUUGUCCAAUUUCGUCCAUCAGCAACAACAACAGCAGCAACACCAACAGAAACAACUGCAGUCGGUAAAUUCUGUGGUCGGUAAUAGUGUGGGUGGUGCUUCUGGGUUUGUUCAACAGACGGGGGCCGGGGGACCCUCUAGCAAUAUCCCCCACGGUGCAAUAAUGACAAAUAAUGUGGCUAUGGUCAGUGCAGUGACGUCUUCGGAAACAUCUUCCCUCCAUCACCAGCCGAGUGAGUUAGACUACCGCAACUCCUCCCACGGGGGUGUGUCUGGAGGCGUGCCCAGCUACAGCAACGUGACCAGUCCUUCUGCCUACACCAGUCCGAGCGAGGAGGACGAACAUAUGGAUGGAUCCAAUGAUUUGAUAUCCUCAGACAACGAAGACAUAUCCGACAUCAACAGAUCCUUGUUGCACAGUGGCAACCUAGAGCGCGGACCAAAUGGCAGCUACCAGAACAGUGGUAACGCCACUCCUGGAGGUGGUUCCGGAGACUACUCUGGAGGCGGAGGAGGAGGAGGAGGAGGUAUCCAGCAGGUCAACAUGGCCAACGGAGUGGGGUCUGAACUGCCGACGAUGGUAAUGAAGGAUGACCUAGACCAUAGUCAACCCAAUCAAUGCAACAAUGAUGCUACAACUAUAUCUUCUGACAGCUUUAGUGACUCGGGUCUGACGAAUGGAGUGGCGGGUGGUGCAGCAGGCGGUGGCACUGGGGGAGCUGCGGUGGGACAACAUCCACACCAUCACCAUGGCAACCAGCUUAGACACAAGAGACCCUUCGAACACUCCUCCUGUCCCAUCGCCAUGUACAGUAGACACACUUUGGUCCAGCAGUUCCCUCACAACCAGGAGGGAGUCAGUCUAGAAGUGGUCAAUCAGCCAGAAUCAAGACACAGGCCUAGAUAUCUAACGGAGGGAAGUCGCGGCUCCGUCAAAGACAGGACGGGAAACGGGUACCCGGCAGUUAAACUCUCUGGAUUUAACCAGUGCCCCCUCACUGUCCAGGUAUUCAUAGGAACAGACACCGGCAGACCCAAACCUCACGGAUUCUUCCAGGCCUGCAGAGUGACCGGGCGCAAUGUGAUCUCAUGUCUGGAGAGGAACAUUGACGGAACUCAGAUCAUGGAGAUAGACCUGGAUCCAAAAAAUGACAUGCGGGCUGACAUCGACUGUAUUGGGAUUCUUAAGUUGCGCAACUCGGACGUGGAAGCCAUGGUGAGCACUACGAGGUCGAGGAAGAAGUCACAGAGGGCGAGGAUGGUGUUCCGAGUGUGUGUGCCCAGAGCAGAUGGCUCUUCAUUCACUCUACAGACCAUGUCAGAUACAAUACAGUGCUCCCAACCGACAGGACAACCAGAGAUUGCGCGUCUAACUGUAGACAGAAGUCCCUGUUGCGGAGGAGGGGUGACGUACAUUCUGGGAAAACACUUCACCCGACCCACCGUCACAUUCGCCCAUAGAACCAAACCCCUCAUUGCCAUUUCUGCUUCCGCCGCCCCCACUUUUCCCGGAGGAGGAAUCAGUUCCAUGACCCAAGGCACAGGUGGUCCAUAUAAUGAGGGAGAAACUACCUGGAGUGAAGUGGCGGAGCUUCUCCCUGACUGCGUUUCUCAGCACUAUCUGGGCUGCAAGAUUCCAUCCUACCGAGAAGUAAGCAUAUGCCAACCGGUGUACUGUGAAGUGACUGUGACCAACGGAGACAACAAAGUCAGCGAUCCCGCCUUGUUCCUGUACAUGCCCAACGAAGUGCUGCAAGAAGUGUCUAAGCUAGAAGCGAUUCUGUCACUCCCAGCUGCACCCUUGAACCAGUGUCCCAUCAUGACCAUUCCUCCGGCAACUAUGGCCCCUAGUGGUAUAUGUCCGCAGAGUCUUUUGGCGUCUACUGCCAAUGCAAUGCCCAGCCAUGUCAUGUCAUCGGCACUGUCUGUCUCUGAUACAUAUGGAGGCGGAUCCCAAGCGAAGAGAUCCAGGACUUCGCCACCAGAUACGGACCAGAUGGAGGAGAGUCCAGGUAGUGGCGUCGGCAGUGGAACUGUUACCUCCGAAUCCGCCAAUUCCAAAGCGAACCCCGCAACUCCUAACAAUCCGAACCAACCACACUCUAUCAUGAGGGACUUCGGACUACAGGCCUAUUCAGCAGUUCAGAUUCAGACGUUGCAACUCAAAACGGCCGUUCAGCAACCUCUGGGCAUGGCCAUUAAUAACGUAUCAUCAGCAAACUAUGCUAAUCAGAAUGUGAUGGCCGGUGGAAGUAGCAACAAAAAUGUACCUGCUAUUGUUCAGUCGGUCGAUUUGGACGCAAAAACACGAGUGCAUUUAAUGCCACAACCACCGAUGUUCCACAUUCCCCAACAGAUGUCUCUCAAAUCAACUCCAACCCAAGCGGGAAUAUCGCAGCAGAUGCUCCCUGCGGUCCCGUUUUGUGGUACCGGUGCUAUUACAAGUAUGGCAAACUCGGUGUUUAUCAAACCUGAGUCUGAGUUGGUGUCCUGCGGUGCCAGAAGUGUAAACAGCGCGAACGGGACCACUCAGCCCAUUGUCAUGCCUCGUGGUUUGAUCACUCAUGUUCCACCAUCUCAGAGCGUUCUUCCACAUCCAACCAAUCUGAGCAGUGUGACUAACUACAAAAUCCAGCAGCAAGUAUUUCCAACCCCGUGUCUUGGCGGUAACAAUGGAAACACAGGAAUUUCAGUGAAUGAUUUGUCACCCGCAGGUCCAAACAUACAACAAAUGACUCAGGUACACCAGCAAGUACAGAUGACGAGCUCAGUUCCAGUUAUCACUACUGGCCAUUUUGGACAACAAGGAGCGACUGGAGUCCCAAUGGAUGUCUCUAAGGUUCCAUCGUCAUCUUCUGUCUUAAAUUUCCAACAGAUUCCACCAUCGGAUAGUCCUUCUUCAGUAUCGACAGUUUCAACGAUUGGAGCUGUUAAAACGGAGGAGAGUCCUUCCAUACAACAGCUGAGCAUGAGUUCAUAUUCUCCUGCUGGCUCCAAUGGCGGAGCUGCUACUGAUAUCGACAGCAUUCUCAAAGGCUUACUUCUUCUUGGUGCUAACAGUACAAAUCCCUCGACAUAUGCUGCGUUUGCAGUGCAGAUAUCACAGCAGGUUCAGAAAGACAUUAUGAAGACUGAACUGAGCGUGAUGAACAGUAACCCAGCGUCCGUAUCUUCAGUGCAAAAUACAGCGGCGCCACUCGAUGCUACGCCUCCACCACCGCAGUCGCAGCAAAGCGGAGGCAAUGUCAACUCUAACCCAUCUUCUGUCAAUCAAGUCAAUUAUAACAGCCCUGGUAGCUCUCAGCCUGCGAAUAGCAACCAACAGCAACAAAUACAAACGCAGCAGCAAAUUCAGGCAGUUCACGCAACUAUGAGUGGUAAUAUCAUCCCGGUUUCCCAGAUGAGUGGCGUAAACAUUGGCGGAUCUCAGUUCUCAAACCCCAAAAUGAAACUAUCGCAAGACGCUCUGCUUGCAGCCACUGCAAUUUCCAAGAAUCCACAAUUAGCGCCGUUUGCACCGCAGUUGAUAAGCGCAAUUGAAGCUGUACAGCAGCAGCAGAUGAACGAAUCAAAUGCCGAUGUUGCGCAGCUUCAGGAUUUGCUGCAGCAAGAGGCGAUGAAGCUAGCCAGUCUAGCGGAACAGCAGCAACAGCAACAUCAUCAAGGCCAAAACCAGCAGUACAGCAAUGUAGGGAAUCCUCCGCUGCAAAUGCAACAGAACCAGCCUCAAAUUGCGUCGCAGAACAGCCAACAAGCAACUAUCGGGCAGCAGUACUCAUCACCUGAACAAAUACCCCAAGCGGUGCAGCACCUACACGUGCAGCAGCAAGUAGUAUCAUCGCCUCCCAACCAAUCAUACUCUCAGCAGCAGCAGCAAAAUAUAAACCAACAGCAAGCAAAUCAAACGCAACACACCUAUGCCAAUGUCAGCAUGACGCCACAGCAGCAGCAACAAGUCCCUCCAAUUGUAAGACAACAGUCUUUUACUCAAACACCUGUUCAGACGAUGCAUCCGCCAGUAAUGAGUCAAGUCAGCCAGCAUCAUAACUUAAACCAAGGUCAGAGUAUGAACCAGCAAGGGCAACACCAACAUCAAGUGUCUGCGAUGCAACAGAAUGUCCAGGGUUCUAUGGACAUGAUGAAGCAAGGAACUGUCCACAACCAGCAGUUGAGCAGUAGCAACGCAGGAGUGUUUUAUCAAUUUCAGACAUCGGGAUCUACGGUCACAUCAACCGUGUCCCAACAGACUCAGAUUCAAAACCAGCAGUAUCAGCCAAAUAUUAUAAACCAGCAGCAACCAUCUCAGAACCAGCAGCCACAACCACAGCAACAACAGGCUGGUUAUAUUGGGCAGCAGUCCUCGCAACAGAAGCAAAAUACAAUGCAACAUCACCCACAAGCGGCGGGAAUAAGCAUGAGUCAGCAGCAACCUUUGUAUAAUAGUCAGCCUAUUCAACAAGGACAACCGCAGCAGCAAUUCCAACAAGUAUAUUACAAUAACCAGCCGGAGUAUCAGUAUCAGCAGAAAAUCGAACAGCACCAGGUCUCGCAGAGAGAAAGUAUACCGUUGUUGGGACCAGGAUCUACGGACCAACCACCUCCAAGUGUUAGUUCAGCACCCCCUCCUAGUGUGGCAUCUGGUCCUCCGUCGAUUGGAGGACCAUCUAGUGUCCUUUCGGCUCCUGAAAUAAACAGUCCUAGUAGCGUCAACUGCGGGUCUCAAGGGUUGCCGAACCAAGUCAGCUCCUCCAUGGGAAACAUCUCUGUCAGCCAACAGAACUUUUCACACCAGCCGACCAAUUCAGGUCAACAACAGUCAGUAUCUAGUUACGUAGUGUAUACGCAGUCACAGUCGAUACCACAACAGCACCAAGUUUAUUACCCAAUGGCUCAAAAGGAGAUGCAUUCGUCCAACAUGGACUUGGUCGAUCCUGAUUUAUACAACCCACAGACCCAGUUGAAGUCGAGUUCUGGAGCCCAGACUGAAAUUGAGGAGCAGAUGUUCAAGGAACCAUACCCAGUUGAUAACUCACAGAAUUCAGACUGGCAAACUCAGCAGCAACCGAGGCAAACAGCAGGUAUAGGAAAUGUCCAGUAUGGAAACCAGAUGCAGCAGAAUGUGAACGAUCCUCAGCAUCAGCACCAGCAAAACCAACAUCAUCAGCAGCAAGCGAUGAUGCCUCAGAAUCAACAACAGAUGAACAUGUCCUGGGAACCGAAUAGUGUCAUAUCAGGCACGGGAUCUCAGUCAUCAAUGAAUUGGGAAUCAAGCUCAGGAAGCAAUUCCAUUGCCGGAGGAACUGGAGGCGUUGCGACUAUGCAGCAUCACGCGGCCGGACUCAAAAACAGCACCACCGAUCCCUUCUUGUCAUCUGGAGCUCUCGACUCGAAUCAGGUUCAGAAGACUUCUUCUCUGAUGGACAUUCACCAAGUGUCAACAUUCGAGCAUGACCAGAACUCGCAAGGCAGUUCGAUCUCAUCAAAUGAUUUCCAUGACCUCGAUUCCAUCUUUUCACAAAUUGCCCAGAGCCCGCUCUGUACCAUCCUCUCAAGCGACUCUCUCCUGACGCCAAGUCCGGCGCCUCCCAUGACUCCAGAGGAGCCACCGGCAAGAGGCGCAGCUGUACUGAAGUAUCUGAUUGAGAAGGGUUUCAUCGAGGGAGAGCAAAGGAAUUUGGUGACUGCUGAGGGAAUUGAAAAUGCCAUCUGUUCUCUCUCCAACCAGAAACCAAUCACAGAAAUUACCUUCGAAGACGUCGUAUCCGUCAUUGCGGGAACGAGGAACACAUAGCAUUUGCUUUUCUCGGACAAAAAUCAGCCGAGAUGAGAAUUAUUGAAGUGACAAACUGGAUUCCAGAAACAAGCAAGUGCAAUACAAUACACAUGGGCCAGAACAAAUGGAAAAGAGCAUCACUGUUAACUGCCGACUAUUAUAAUUCAGAUAUAAAUCUCAAACUCAAUUCCACCUCAACGCACAUUCUACACUUCACCACUCCAGUACACGAGUAGAGCAGUAUCAGUACAGUCGUCAGCGACCGAAUUUGACCUCUGCGAUGACCUCAUGACAGUUCACUCCACGUCAAGACAUGAAGUAGAAUGACAGAAGAAAUAGUGAUGUCGCUGAUGGCUGAUUUGAUGCAUUGUCUUAGAUUACUUCUUUAUUCGCAAAGCGCGCUUAGUGGCCGCUUAUUGAAUGAAAACUUCAAAAACUCUAAGUAAUGCAUGAGGAUUAUGUUUCGAAUAGUUUGCUAUCUCCGUUUGGACAUUGCGAAUUUCAAUAAAAACAUUGAGGGUUGAAGAACUUGAAGCUGCUUUAAAUCUUAUUUCUGCAUCUUGUUGGAACGUGGUUCAAACGGACAUACUUUUUUCAAACUUCACAUUUCUAUAGCUGCUUUGCUCGUUCCUGGAAAUCGGGCUCCCAUAUUGCUGUCGAUUCUGUUUUGACUGGUUUGCAUCAUUUAGUGUCGUAAAUUAUAAUUAUACUUCUACUGGCACUAAUGACUUUUGGCUAACUCUUUCCCUGACUAUUUAUAAUCUCUUCUCUCAGCGCUGUACAGUAUGGUUUAUCAAUGUGUCAAUGUCGUAAUAUCUGCUCAGCUAAUUUGGUAAAUAACUGUUGCUGGUUGACAUAGUUUAUUUUUUCAAUUCAAUUAUAAAUUUUCAUGUCCAGUUUUGUUAAUUUGUUCAAUUUAAACUAAUUUUAUUACCUGAAUUGAUUUCGACCAUUUCUAGAAACUAUAUAACUGUAUGUUGCGUACCACUCAAAGUAAGCCAAAUAGAGAUCUAUUUUUAUCGCCGGCUCCCAUUCAUGAUUUAAUCUUGCUCCUUGUUUUUAAUUGUGUAGAAACCUUAUAAGAUGACGAUUGACAAUUGACGAAAGUUUAAUUGUUUACGAGUAAAAUUGAAACCCAAUGUUUUUGAAAUUGAUCUUCGCAAGUUUUAAUUAUGCAUGCCAGCUUUGAAUGUAAACGUGUUUGAAUUUGAGUACAGUAGAAAUUUCAAUUUUACUCAAGGUAUGAUUGAAUUUCGUGAUUCUUGAAGAUACUUUUGGUUGAAUUUGAAAGUGUUGUUUGAAAGAUCUCUCGCCUAUUGACAGAAUUGAUAUAGCUAUUUUGGGAAAAUUAACUAUUUUCUUUUGCCAUCCAUGUGAAAAUAAUGAGUAGAUAUUGCUACCUGACAAUUAGUACACCAGUUGUCCUUUUUGAUUAAAUGAUUAGUGUUUAGCGUUAGCGUGUUUCACUUAAUUUCGGAAGCUUAUGUUCUUUGAAUUUAUCUCCAAAAUCAUUACAGCUGCUCACGAGAUGUGCGAGAAUGGAUGAGUCUGUCUCGUGAAUUGACGAGCCUAUCAUCACAUUGGAUUUAUUCUUAGAAUCUUUGUAUAUUUGGUUGUUUGAAUUCAUUCUAUAUUUAUCGA